UGGAAAUCCCCUUGACUUGGGCUUUUUCCUUUUUUAUAAAAACUAUCCUUUGCGGACGUGUGUACUCUUGCUUCGCAAGCUGCGAGCGCUCCAAAAUAGACCUGAUACUGAAGGAAAGAGAAGGUUGAAUGGCGCCGAGGACCGCUGCGGUGAGGCUGAGUGAAGUGGCUGAGAGAGGACUAGCCUGAGCAUCCGGGAGGGCUUUGUUAUUACCCCGACAUAUUACACAGUUUCCACGUUGUUCAGUCAGCGUCGGUUGGUGCCUCCUCCUCCUCCUUUCCUUCUCCUCGUUCCUCCUCUCCCCUCCUUCCAUCCACCUGGCCACACAUCCGCCAUGUCGCAGGGUCAGAACUUCCUCCCAAAAUUCCUGUUUGUCUCCAACCUGCUGAAAGCGGUGAAGAUCCGCCAGCGAGUGCCCAACGACGUGGUGAAGCCGGCUGCCAGCGGCGGCCUGCUGCACCACCUGCGGGGUAUGCACCGUUACACGCUGGAGAUGAUCGCCAUGAACCACUUUCCGCAGGCCUUCAGGGAGGUGGUGCAGGCUGCCAUCCUGGACCGAGCAAUGCAGGCCUCAUUGGAGCAGGAGAAGAAGCUCAACUGGUGUCGGGAGGUGAAGAAGAUGGUGCCCUUACGUACAAAUGGAGAUGGGAACUGUUUGCUCCACGCAGCCUCUCAGUACAUGCUGGGUGUUCAAGACACAGAUCUAGUGCUUCGAAAAGCCCUCCAUGGUGUUUUGAAAGAGACGGACACUGGCGUCUUUAGAGCUCGCUUCCAGGCAGAACUGGUCCAGUCCCAGGAGUUCACCCAGACUGGACUCCGGUACACCACCAUGAAUUGGGAGGAGGAGUGGGAAAAGAUUGUGAAGAUGGCGUCUCCUGUCUCCAGUAGCAACGGCCUCCAGUUUGACUCUCUGGAGGACAUUCACAUCUUCGUCCUCUCUAACAUUCUCCGCAGACCCAUCAUCGUCAUCGCAGACCAGGUGGUCAGGAGUAUGAAAUCUGGCUCCUCCAUCUCUCCUCUGAAUGUGGGUGGGAUUUAUCUGCCGCUACACUGGCCUCCCACGGAGUGCUACAAAUACCCAAUAGUGCUCGGCUAUGACUCCCAGCACUUUGCACCCCUCAUCACCAUCAAAGACAGUGGUCCAGAGAUCCGAGCAGUACCGCUAAUCAACCCAGGACGGGGGGGCUUUGAGGAGCUGAAGGUUCACUUCCUGAUGGAGAAAGAACAGCAGCAGAAAGAGAGGCUUCUCAAAGACUACAUGCUAUUGAUAGACAUCCCCGUCAUAGGCUUGGGCUACGAUGCCACACGGAUCAUCAAUGCUGCACGGCUGGAUGAGGGGAACCUCCCUGAAGACAUGAACCUGAUGGAGGACUACCUGCAGCUUGUCAACCAUGAGUACCAGCGGUGGCAGGAGGACAAGGAGCAGGCAUGGGCCGCCCAGCCGCAACGCCCACCGCCCUUCUCCGUCUCCCAGCUCUCCCUCAUUGAGAUCCGUUGUGCCACACCACGAUGCACCUUCUAUGUCUCUGUUGACACACAGCCUCAUUGCCAUGAGUGCUUUGAGAAGCGACAAGCCACUACUGGUGGAGGAGCGAGGAUAGAAGGGGUGGUGCAGACCAAGGGAGGAGGGGUACAGGGUGGGGUAGGAGUGGUAGGGGGAUCAGAGACUGAGGUGAGCUCCAGAGGAGCCAGAAGUAGCAGCCCCCCAUCCUCUUCGUCUGGGAGAGGGGUGUCCAGCCCCCGCUCAGCCCCACCUACCGCUCCCAGCCUCAGCCUGUACAGUGAAACUCAUGCCAUGAAGUGCAAGACACCUGGCUGCCUCUUUACCCUUAGCGUGGAACAUGAUGGACUUUGUGAGCGCUGCUUCAACUCCAGGCAGAACCAUGGACCCCCUGGUGCUGGAACAGCUGCUACAGGACUGCCAGGCCCCAAUGGGGGGUCUACAGUUCCCCACCCGGCCCAGGGCUCCGGCUGGACCCAGUGGGGGGGUUGUGAGGCAGAGACAGAGCGCUGCAGCAUGUGCAGACAGGAGGCGUUCAGGAUAUUCAAUGGCCUGUGCCCACCCUGCAUGCAGAGACAGCAGGCUCCAGAGAGGGGAGAGCCGCAGCAGAACAACCCCAGGACUGAGGCUUCUUCAUCAGCUUGGAGCCAGCCCAGGGAGGCUGAGCGGCCAUGCCUCACCCUAACCCCAGGGCACACUUCAGCCUGGCAAGCCCCUCUGGCCCGCCCUUGUAAACGAUCUGGCUGCCAGUUCUUUGGGACGCCAGAGAAGUUGGGUUUCUGCACUAUUUGCUACGUAGACUAUCAGACCAACCACCACCUGACCCCUCCCCCUGCCCCGGUCCAGAGCCGGCAUGGUUUGGAGGCAGGCUUCCAGAACGCCUCACGGUGUCGUGGGCCUGGGUGUGGUGCGGUCGGCAAGGCAAUGCUGGAGGGCUACUGCGACAAGUGCUACGUCAAAGAGCAAAGCACACGGCUCAACCAAGUGGCACAUCGCACACCACACUCCCCUCCUCUGGUCAUGCGUGACCGAGCAGCCAAACCCAGAUCUUCACAGCAAUCCCAGACCCAGACUCAGUGCCGGCGAAGUGGCUGCAGUAAUGUGUCCCCGGGUUGCACAGACCUCUGCCCAGAGUGUCAUACACGUGGCCAGGGUAGAGAGGCGGGCAGACGGGCGCAGGCGCCCAAAGAAAAGUCCAAGCAGCGGUGCCGGACGCAGGGCUGCGACCACUACGCCAACCAAGAGAAACAGGGCUACUGCAAUGAGUGCGACCACUUCAAACAGAUUUACCGCGGCUGACCACAUACAUACCCACGCAUGCAACGAUGAUGACGAUGACGACACAUCGCUAGCACGCUAGAGCCGCUGCCCUGCUGUGGGCACCUCAUGCCAGUCAAUGCACCUCUGAUACUAACUAACCAACUAACUAACUAGCUAGUGACUAACUAGUAACCUUAUGGCCUGAAAAUCAACCCCCCCUAUGUAGAAUGUGAAGAGAGAGUGUGUGUACGUGGGGGGCUGGGGGGGUGAGUGAGUGAGCGAGUGCGUGCGUCUGUGUGUGUGUGUGUGUGUGUGUGUGUGUUCGCAGUAGACAUGGCCUCCAGAAUACCUCUUUGUGCAAUUAUUAUUAUCAUCUGAUGUGCCGUGUGCACUUACACAGUGAGAGGUUUGGCUACAUGUCAGAGCAACUGACUUAACUCUUGUGUACAAUAUGUAUUUAGAGGUACGCAGUGAAUCGUGCCGGACAAAAUGAUUGUAUGUUGACAUAACAAGAAGCAUCUGACAUUGCUUUCUAGACCACAGCCAAGGAUUUAUACACCCCCCCCCCCCCCCCC